UACUCUUUCCUCAAUCUAACGGGAAAGUUGGAGUUUGAGUGAAGUGGGGCCACUGAGAGUGGCGGAGGCUGUUGAACAGGCUGAAGGUGUGUCCCAGGCUGGACCGAGAGCUGCAGUGAGUGGCUCUGCAGGAGCUGGGGAGCAGAGAGGGAGAGGGAGAGGCGGCCCGAGCUCACGGUGUGCUCCGUCUUGCUGCAGGUCCCGGGAUGAGAGCGGACGGGCAGCGGCUGCAGUGAGCGGCCGGGCCGGGCCGGAGCAUGCUGUCCGGGGAGGGGGCUAGCAACCUCUCCCGGCAAAGCCUCCACUUCCCUGCGGGCUUACUCAUCAGCUCCCCGAAAAGGCGAGUCCCCAAGCUGGGCAGGAAACACAGUAACGGAUCGGUGCUGUCCAGUUCGUCAGACACAACAUUUAAAUCAAGUGAAAGUUUUGGUGUGAGGCAGCCAGCUCGGAGCAAGAUCAAGCGGCACAACAGAGGCCUGGCCACAGUGUUCAGGGGCCGCAGCUUCAAGGAUGAGAAGUUGGGUGUUGGAGAGGGAACUGAUGCAGCCACAGAUGACCCGACUGAGCUUUCCACCCAGGUCACAGCCCCUGGCGUGCUCAAAAUCUUUGGUGAUGAGAUCUGUGCAGGUGCCAACUACAAGAGCGUGCUGGCAACGCCGUGUUCUAGUGCACAGGAGCUGGUCAAGGAGGCUCUGGAGAGAUAUUCCCUGGACAAGAAUUUGAGCAGUGACUAUGUCCUCUGUGAUGUGAUUGGACGGUCAGAUGAGGACCACCAAUGGCGCACGGAAUGUUUUCGGGUUGUGAGUGAGAAUGAGAAGCCCCUUAUUCUUCAGUCACUCUGGAAACCAAAGGAGGGAUUUGCCCGGAGAUUUGAAAUGCGCAGGAAAGUCGAUGUGGAAGAAAUUGCAGCGAAGGAGAAAGACACGGUGACAGCAGGUAUCAAUGCCCAGGCUCGCCGACUGCAAAUGAGCCGAGCUCGGGCCUCGUCCGCUCUGACAGACGAAGAGAUUGAAAGCAGCUUUGCACUUUGGCGAAGUGUCAGCGAGGUGAAUCUAUCGGGGAAGAGCAGGGAAUCGAGACGGAGCAACAGGAAUGCUUGGAUGGAAGCUGCAGAGACUGAGGAGGACACAGAACAGCCAUGUCUCAGUCUUGAGAAGGAGGAGACUGAAAGCAGUGAUGACACUUCCACCCAGUAUUCCAUACACCCACCCUUUGAGUUCCCCUAUUUUCUCCUGUUGCAGGGCUACAGUUCCAGGAAGGAUUUUGUUAUUUAUGUGCUGAAUGGAAGCAAUCAUGUGUUCGGUCGCUACUUGGAUGAGUCAAGAGGUGAGGAGGAGCAGCUGAAGGUAGAUAUCCAGCUGUCAGCCCCAGAUAUCUGCCUGCGACAUUGCAGUGUGCGGCGCCAGGAGGUGAGCUCCAGCGGAGAAAGUGCUGAUGGCCUGGAGCUGGUGACACUGGUCAAACCGGGCAAAGGAGCUGUGGUCACUCACAAUGGGCUCCCUCUCAGUACAGAGAGCCAGCUGCAGCCGGGUGAUCUGUUGGGCAUGGGAGCCCACUACCUUUUCAUGUACAAAGAUCCGACCCUCAGCAAACUUGCUAUCAGCCAGAAACUGGCCUGGUACCCAUCGCCAGUGCUGGACCUGAGCCCAGGCGGGGAGCUGACCUGUAGGAUGUGUGGCUGCAUCGUUCAAGAGAAUCAACAACAGGAUCUAACUCCUUCAGCAGAGAAACCAGCUCCAGGGCUGAAAGACUCAAAGGGCACAGACUAUGUCUUCAUGUACAAUCUCUCGCAGGAAGAUGCACUUCUGAAAUGGAUUAUCAAUAGCCCAUGUGAGGACAAUGUGCACUCCAAACUGACUGCAGCCUUCCUGCUCUGUCUCUGCAUCCAGCACUCAGCCAGCACCUUCCAGCCUGCAGACUUCCGCAGGCUGCUGCUCAGGAUAGCAAGCCAGAUCCAAACGGUGAUGUGGGAGAAAUCGAAAGAGCUCGCAGCAAAUCAGAGAGAAAAUGUGACCAGGGAUGGUGAGGAAGUCCCUCCAAUCCGAAUGCUAGAACUGAUUCCAAGCCUGCAGCCUCUUGUGUACUGGAUGUCCAAUUCCAUAGAACUGCUGCAUUUCAUUCAACAGGAGGUUCCCAAACUCUUAACGUGGGAUCGGCACACAGAGCAGUAUGGUUGCCAUUAUGAUCAGCUGUCGUCCACUAAGGCAGCGAGUGAAGAGGCCAUGACAGUACUGGAGGAGGUCAUCAUGUUCACCUUUCAGCAGUCAGUCUAUUACCUCACCAAGACCCUGUACACCAUCCUGCCUGGAAUAUUGGACAGCAAUCCCUUUGCAGCUGAGACAGCACAGCUCCGUAUUCCCAGAGGAGUUAAGGAUGUCUUGGAUAUCUUCCAGGGAACUUUGAACCUGUUGAAACAGCAUCGAGUUCACCCUGAGCUUGCCUCCCAGCUCUUUGCUUAUCUCUUCUUCUUCACCAAUGCAUCGCUCUUCAAUGCUCUCAUGGAACGAGGAUCAGGAGGAGGUUUUUACCAGUGGACGAAGGGAGUGCAAAUCCGAGCCAACCUGGACUUACUGCUUGACUGGAUUCAAGGCAUUGGACUUGGCGAGCAGGCUGCUGAACUCUUCCUCAAGUUAUCAACAGCUGUUAACCUGCUUGCCACUCCCAAGGAGACUCUCUUGCAGGCUAAUUGGAGGUCUCUGCGCAGUGAUUUUUUCAGUUUGAACCCAUCGCAGCUCCAUCACAUGCUGAGGGAGUAUAACCCGGGCCGGCCGUGCCCACCGGUGUGGAACCCCGUCCCAGAGGACCAGCAGGCAGCACUGAGAACAGCUGACAUCUUGGAAAGCUUUGACAAUCAUCCGCCCCUGAUCCUGCCUUCUAGCACUUUCCACAUCGAACUUGGAAAGCCCAUCCCUGACUCCCUGGGCCUCACCUCCCAGUUGGAACGUUUCAAAGAGUUUCUGAAGAGCCUGGAGGAACCAGAGUGUCUGGCAAGGCCUGAACUGAGCAGUGGCAGCCGAUCCCCACAGAAUGCAGAAGCUGGAACAGGAACACCGGGAGUUGGAGCAGGAACAGGAACAGGAACACCAGGAGCUGGAGCAGGAACAGCAGCACCGGGAGUUGGAGCUGGAGCAGGAACAGGAACACAGGGAGCUGGAGCAGGAGAAGGAACAGGAACACCUGGAGCUGGAGCAGGAACAGGAACAGGAACACUGGGAGCUGGAGCAGGAACAGGAACAGGAACACCAGGAGCUGGAGCAACAGUUCCUGAAAUUGGAGUGGGAGUUGGGGCAGGUGUGAAGGUGCCCAGUUCUGCAGAUGUUUCUGGGCAGUGUGCCAUUCAGGACACCAGCCAUCGCUCCAGCUCCGUGUGUGAAGGGAAGUACCGACAAAUGGGCCAUUCUCUGUUCCACAGCCAUGCCCCAGGUAGCCUUCGAUCCUGCCAGGCAGAGCUGGCACAAAAGCUGAAGAGCCUUGAGCUCCAGAACAGUCUCCCUGGGCAACAGGACAUUGGUCAGAAGAAGUUGGCACUGGAUCCCUCCUGCCUACUGACCCCACCAAACACACCACAGAUACUGGAGCUGGCUGAGGCUGAGAAUGAUCCCAUGGAGCUGGCCUGCAGGAGGAUGGUAAAUGGUGACCGGCUGGAGCCAUGUAAUGGGAGCACUCUGGAAGAUAGCUGCACUCAACAGAAGAGCGAGCCUGGUGAUGAGGUGUUCACUGUUGACUUAGAAAGAGGGCCUCAUGGCCUGGGUCUGGCGUUAGUGGAUGGGCUGAGAACCCCGUUAAAUCGGAGUGGAAUUUACAUCAAGUCACUGGUGCCUGACUCACCAGCUGCAGGAUGUCAGAAGCUGAGCCGGGGUGAUCGGAUCCUGGCUGUGAAUGGUACCACCUUGGUGGGCCUGGAUUACCAGCGGGGUCGGGAGCUGCUCAGAUCUUCUGGAAACAAACUGUGUCUCCUGGUGGCAAAGUCUGAUUCGGAGAUGGCAAGGAAAGUGUUAACAUUGAAUUGCUAGUCUGAGUGAAGCAGAGAUGGUAAAAGCUAAAGCCAGUGAGGGACAGUACAGACCCUGCGACUGCCUGGAGGUGCUUGCGGAGAGCAAAUAUAUAUUUCAGUAUUUAAGUCCAGUUGCUGUGUUGAACUGGGGCAUAUCCAUUGAGGGGUUAGUGUUAGUACCUGCCCACUCACUGUAUCACUGCCUUUAACCAGUGUGCUGAGCUUGGGAACUCCAGUGAAGUAGGGAGCAGGGUUCCCCAGGAUUAUGGAGGGGUCAUUCCCUGGGAUUGAGGGGUAUUUUACAGGAUUCUCAAUUGGAAGAGCACAGGAUACUUUGUAACCCCACCCCAAUGAUAGUAUCACUGGCUCCUGUUUACCCCCCAGCCAGCACCUGUUCACCCACAUCCCUUCCACCCCUGGCUCCUGUUGAGCCCCCUCUCCACCCCCCUGCAUUACCCUGGAGUGCGAUGCUGUGCUCAGAGUGAGUUUGUAACAGGGAGGGAGAGGAGGUGAGAGUGGGCAGGAGCUCGGAGCUGGUGGGUUUGGUUGGAGUUUGGUGCCAAUUGUUUGGGAAGAACAUUUUAAAAGUUGAAGUUUAUCUUGUUUCACAUGUUUGUUACUGCCUGCUGUUGAUGUUGAUGUUUAACACUGACGCAGAAUCUGAUAAUCCCCAGUCCCCGGCCUCCCAUGUAUCUAAUAAAAUGUUACUGUCAAGUUA